ACCAUCGCGCACUUCAAAGCCGCGCUUUUGUUUCCAGCAAGUCUCAUUUAAAGCUCACGGACUUGAACAUUCCUUCACACCAAAGACCACACUGCUUCUUCAGCUGCGCAAUCGCGACGAACGCUCCUGCACUCUCGUCGCUUCCUGACCAUCGCGGCAUUUCUCUUUGACAAGCUCCCUAUCGUUUCUUCUCUCGAAGCCUUCGUUCAACGACGACAAGACACAUUUUAAUCUUCUCAACCUACCCUCACCAUCUCCAAAAUGUCUAGCAACCUCGACAAGGCUCUCGGCGAGAUCGAGAAGACUCAGCGCCGUGCCGGUGGCCGUCGUCGCACCCAGCGCAACGCCGCCGCUCGUGCCAAGGUCGCCAUUGCGGCCCCAACUGGAGGUGUCAAGAAGACCAGCAAGCCCGCCCGCAAGGCCGGUGCUAAGGCUGCGCCUGCCCAGAUUGCCCCUGCCAAAGGUGAAAGCAAGGUUAUCGUGAGCAACCUGCCUAGGGAUGUCACUGAGCAGCAGAUCAAGGAGUACUUUGUUCAAUCCGUUGGACCCAUCAAGAGGGUUGAAUUGGUCUACGGACCAAACUCGCAGAGCCGCGGUAUCGCCAACGUAUCCUUCCGCGAUGUCAACGGCGCCAGCAAUGCUUUCCAGAAAUUGAAUGGCCUGCUCGUCGACGGACGGCCAAUCAAGAUCGAGAUUGUUGUUGGUGCCGCGCAGGCAGACAAGAUUCUCCCUACUGCCAAGACUCUGGCUGAGCGCACUACUCAGCCCAAGGCUCAGCCCAAAGCCCAGCCCAAGUCUGCCGCGGCCGACAAGAAGGGCGCUGCCGGUAAGGCCAAGGCCGGCAAGGCUAAGAAGGGACGUGCCAGCAGCGGACGCCCAACUAAGAAGACUGCCGAGGAGCUCGACCUCGAGAUGGCCGAUUACUUUGUUGGCAACGAAAAUGCCGGCAACACGGCUGCGGCUCCCGCCCCUGCGGCCACUGGCAACGGCGAGGCCAUGGAGGAGAUCAUGUAAACUUAGCUUCAUCAAAUCAGCGCAGGGGGAACGGUUUGCAUUUUAAAUAAUUGAGGAAGUUGUCCAAGGCGUUACCGGAACAGGGAGGAUGAGAAUGCCGAUACCAACACUACCAAAUCACAAGCGAGAGAAUAUCUUCCCAGUUUCUGUAACAUGAC